AUGGCCAAAGAAAGAACACUCCGUAAAGGUGUUUUUCUUCAUGGGUUUUAUAGGUAUGUUUUUAGUGUUGUCCCAAACUACUUUCAGAACUACAGAAUCCAGAUUGACAGUAAAUCAAAUUCGUUGGCAAUACCACACAGAGGAAGCAUUUGGGAUGAAGACAUGGGUGUUUGGAUCAGUAGAAAUUUCAAAUAUUCAUGGAUUCCGCUUGAAAUUUCAGAUUUUGGCUUGAAAGGCUUGCGAAGAAAGCAGAAAGUUUUCAGUAGCCAUGCAUAUGUAAAGGCUAUUCGUGCUGCUCAACAUUUCAUCUAUAUUGAAAAUCAAUAUAUCAUAGGGUCUUCAUACAAUUGGAGCUCCCAUAAAGACAUAGGUGCGAACAAUUUGAUUCCCAUGGAAAUUGCACUUAAAAUUGCUGAGAAAAUCAAAGCACGUGAGAGGUUUGUAGCUUAUAUUGUUAUUCCGAUGUGGCCAGAAGGCAAUCCAACAAGUACUGCUACACAAAGGAUUUUAUUUUGGCAGAACAAAACAAUGCAAAUGAUGUAUGAGACCAUUUACAAGGCUUUAGUGGAGGUUGGGCUUCAGAAUGAAUACACCCCACAAGACUAUUUGAACUUACGUUCAUAUUUGGAAAGCACCGGUGUGCAUUGUUUGUUGUUUGGUCUUAAAUUACAGAUGAUUGGUUGGUGUGCAUUGUUUGUUGUUUUGUUUUAAUUAAAUUAUUUUAGAAUUGCAGAGCACUGGCGUGCAUUGUUUGGCAUCCAAUUUUAAUUUUUUAGAAUUGUAGAAU